CACUGUUAAAAAGGUGACUGACAGCACUGUUUAAAGACUAAGGCUGCAGUUUACUCCACGUGUAUCCACGGCAGAGGCAUCUGACAGACCACAGCUGCUUCUGUGCUUCACCAGCUGAGGGGUGGAGAUCGUGGUUAGGGAACUGAAGGGAAAAACUACAUAACAAAGGGCCCGGGUGAUGACAUCACACAGAUCUCCAUCCAUCUCUGCUGCUAAUCCUUCUCAGGGUCACAGGGGGUGGAGCCUAUCCCAGCUGUCUUAGAGGCAGGGUACACACUGGACAGAUCACCAGUCUGUCGCAGGGCUAAAGACAACCAUUCACACCUAUGUGAGAGUUUCCAGUUAACCUAACCCACUAACUGCAUGUCUUUGGACUGUGGAGGAAGCUGGAGUACAGGGGAGAACCCAGGGGGACGCGGGAGAACCCAGGGGGACGCGGGGAGAACACAGGGAGACGCGGGGAGAACCCAGGGGGACGCGGGGAGAACCCAGGGGGACGCGGGAAAACACAGGGGGACGCGGGGAGACGCUGGGAGAACCCGGGGAGACGCGGGGAGAACCCGGGGGGACGCGGGGAGAACCCGGGGGGACGCGGGGAGAACCCGGGGAGACGCGGGGAGAACCCGGGGAGACGCGGGGAGAACCCAGGGGGACGCGGGGAGAACACAGGGAGACGCGGGGAGAACCCAGGGGGACGCGGGGAGAACACAGGGAGACGCGGGGAGAACACAGGGGGACGCAGGGAGACGCGGGGAGAACACAGGGGGACGCAGGGAGACGUGGGGAGAACCCAGGGAGACGCGGGGAGAACACAGGGGGACGCGGGGAGAACACAGGGGGACGCGGAGAUGCGGGGAGAACCCAGGGGGACGCAGGGAGAACACAGGGAGACGCGGGGAGAACCCAGGGGGACGCGGGGAGAACACAGGGAGACGCGGGGAGAACCCAGGGGGACGCGGGGAGAACCCAGGGGGACGCGGGAAAACACAGGGGGACGCGGGGAGACGCUGGGAGAACCCAGGGGAGACGCGGGGAGAACCCGGGGGGACGCGGGGAGAACCCGGGGAGACGCGGGGAGAACCCGGGGAGACGCGGGGAGAACCCAGGGGGACGCGGGGAGAACACAGGGAGACGCGGGGAGAACCCAGGGGGACGCGGGGAGAACACAGGGAGACGCGGGGAGAACACAGGGGGACGCAGGGAGACGUGGGGAGAACCCAGGGAGACGCGGGGAGAACACAGGGGGACGCGGGGAGAACACAGGGGGACGCGGAGAUGCGGGGAGAACCCAGGGGGACGCAGGGAGAACACAGGGAGACGCGGGGAGAACCCAGGGGGACGCGGGGAGAACCCAGGGGGACGCGGAGAGAACACGGGGAGACGCGGGGAGAACCUAGGGGGACGCGGGGAGAACACGGGGGGACGCGGGGAGAACCCGGGGAGACGCGGGGAGAACCCGGGGGGACGCGGGGAGAACACAGGGAGACGCGGGGAGAACACAGGGGGACGCAGGGAGACGUGGGGAGAACCCAGGGGGACGCAGGGAGACGUGGGGAGAACCCAGGGAGACGCGGGGAGAACACAGGGGGACGCGGGGAGAACACAGGGGGACGCGGGGAGAACACAGGGGGACGCGGAGAUGCGGGGAGAACCCAGGGGGACGCAGGGAGAACACAGGGAGACACGGGGAGAACCCAGGGGGAGAACCCAGGGAGACGCGGGGAGAACCCAGGGGGACGCGGGGAGAACCCAGGGGGACGCGGGGAGAACCCAGGGGGACGCGGGGAGAACCCGGGGAGACGCGGGGAGAACCCGGGGGGACGCGGGGAGAACACAGGGAGACGCGGGGAGAACCCAGGGGGACGCGGGGAGAACCCAGGGGGACGCGGGAAAACACAGGGGGACGCGGGGAGACGCUGGGAGAACCCGGGGAGACGCGGGGAGAACCCGGGGGGACGCGGGGAGAACCCGGGGAGACGCGGGGAGAACCCGGGGAGACGCGGGGAGAACCCAGGGGGACGCGGGGAGAACCCAGGGAGACGCGGGGAGAACCCAGGGGGACGCGGGGAGAACACAGGGAGACGCGGGGAGAACACAGGGGGACGCAGGGAGACGCGGGGAGAACACAGGGGGACGCAGGGAGACGUGGGGAGAACCCAGGGAGACGCGGGGAGAACACAGGGGGACGCGGGGAGAACACAGGGGGACGCGGGGAGAACACAGGGGGACGCGGAGAUGCGGGGAGAACCCAGGGGGACGCAGGGAGAACACAGGGAGACGCGGGGAGAACCCAGGGGGACGCGGGGAGAACACAGGGAGACGCGGGGAGAACCCAGGGGGACGCGGGGAGAACCCAGGGGGACGCGGGAAAACACAGGGGGACGCGGGGAGACGCUGGGAGAACCCAGGGGAGACGCGGGGAGAACCCGGGGGGACGCGGGGAGAACCCGGGGAGACGCGGGGAGAACCCAGGGGGACGCGGGGAGAACACAGGGAGACGCGGGGAGAACCCAGGGGGACGCGGGGAGAACACAGGGAGACGCGGGGAGAACACAGGGGGACGCAGGGAGACGCGGGGAGAACACAGGGGGACGCAGGGAGACGUGGGGAGAACCCAGGGAGACGCGGGGAGAACACAGGGGGACGCGGGGAGAACACAGGGGGACGCGGAGAUGCGGGGAGAACCCAGGGGGACGCAGGGAGAACACAGGGAGACGCGGGGAGAACCCAGGGGGACGCGGGGAGAACCCAGGGGGACGCGGAGAGAACACGGGGAGACGCGGGGAGAACCUAGGGGGACGCGGGGAGAACACGGGGGGACGCGGGGAGAACCCGGGGAGACGCGGGGAGAACCCGGGGGGACGCGGGGAGAACACAGGGAGACGCGGGGAGAACACAGGGGGACGCAGGGAGACGUGGGGAGAACCCAGGGGGACGCAGGGAGACGUGGGGAGAACCCAGGGAGACGCGGGGAGAACACAGGGGGACGCGGGGAGAACACAGGGGGACGCGGGGAGAACACAGGGGGACGCGGAGAUGCGGGGAGAACCCAGGGGGACGCAGGGAGAACACAGGGAGACACGGGGAGAACCCAGGGGGAGAACCCAGGGAGACGCGGGGAGAACCCAGGGGGACGCGGGGAGAACCCAGGGGGACGCGGGGAGACGCGGGGAGAACCCAGGGGGACGCGGGGAGAACCCGGGGAGACGCGGGGAGAACCCGGGGGGACGCGGGGAGAACCCGGGGGGACGCGGGGAGAACCCGGGGAGACGCGGGGAGAACCCGGGGGGACGCGGGGAGAACCCGGGGGGACGCGGGGAGACGUGGGGAGAACCCGGGGGGACGCGGGGAGACGUGGGGAGAACCCGGGGGGACGCGGGGAGAACCCGGGGGGACGCGGGGAGACGUGGGGAGAACCCGGGGGGACGCGGGGAGAACCCGGGGGGACGCGGGGAGACGCGGGGAGAACCCGGGGGGACGCGGGGAGACGUGGGGAGAACCCAGGGGGACGCGGAGAGACGUGGGGAGAACCCGGGGAGACGCGGGGAGACGUGGGGAGAACCCAGGGGGACGCGGAGAGACGUGGGGAGAACCCGGGGAGACGCGGGGAGACGUGGGGAGAACCCAGGGGGACGCGGAGAGACGUGGGGAGAACCCGGGGAGACGUGGGGAGAACCCAGGGAGACGCGGGGAGAACCCAGGGAGACGCGGGGAGAACCCAGGGAGACGCAGGGAGACAUGGGGAGAACCCAGGGGGACGCGGAGAGACGCGGGGAGAACCUAGGGAGACGCGGGGAGACGUGGGGAGAACCCAGGGGGACGCGGAGAGACGUGGGGAGAACCCGGGGAGACGUGGGGAGAACCCAGGGAGACGCGGGGAGAACCCAGGGGGACGCAGGGAGACGUGGGGAGAACCCAGGGAGACGCGGGGAGACGUGGGGAGAACCCAGGGGGACGCGGGGAGAACCCAGGGAGACGCGGGGAGAACCCAGGGAGACGCGGGGAGACGUGGGGAGAACCCAGGGGGUCGCGGGGAGACGUGGGGAGAACCCAGGGAGACGCGGGGAGACGUGGGGAGAACCCAGGGGGACGCGGGGAGACGUGGGGAGAACCCGGGGAGACGUGGGGAGAACCCAGGGGGACGCGGGGAGACGUGGGGAGAACCCAGGGAGACGCGGGGAGAACCCAGGGAGACGCGGGGAGAACCCAGGGAGACACGGGGAGAACACAGGGGGACGCGGGGAGACGCGGGGAGAACCCAGGGAGACGCGGGGAGAACCCAGGGAGACGCGGGGAGAACCCAGGGGGACGCAGGGAGACGUGGGGAGAACCCAGGGGGACGCGGGGAGAACAUGUAAACUCCCCGGCCUGAUCCCAUGA